AUGACAGCAUCCUAUCCCCGCCCGGACUUCCAACGCACCUCUCUAAACUGGAACACCCUAGACGGCCCCUGGACCUUCACCUUCGACGACAAAGACGAAGGCCUAAGCUCGCAAUGGCACAAAACGAGCCUGGAAGGAAAACCUUCCCACCAGAUAAUAGUUCCAUACGCCUUCCAAACCCCAGCCUCGGGGGUAAACCUCAUUGAAGCGCACGAGGUAAUGUGGUACGAGCGGCGCAUCACAGACAUCCGCACAGCAGAUGAAAAGCAAAAGGGAAAUAGACUACUCCUCCGCUUCGGCGCUGUCGAUUACGAGUGCUCUGUCUGGGUAGACGGUGUCCUUGUUGGCGGACACCGUGGCGGACAUGUGCCAUUCGAUAUAGAUGUCUCUGACGCCCUGGCCAACGGCGCUACGGAAGCUCGUCUUACCCUCCGAGUUAGAGAUUCGCCCUAUGACAUGACCCAGCCGCGUGGCAAGCAGUUUUGGGGCCCUGUGCCGGAAAGUAUCUUCUACACGCCUAGCGGGGGUAUCUGGCUCUCUGUUUGGUUGGAGAGCGUUCCGGCAAUGCGGUUGCUAUGUGGGAGUGGAGGUACAGUACUUCGUUCGGAUGAUAUUGAGGGCGGCCGGUUACGUGCAAAUGUUCACGUUGCCGGACGCCGGGUUGGAAGUACGGCCAAAGUUGAGGCCGAGGUGUCACUUGGGGAACUGAGUGUCGCCAAGGUGGGCGGCGAGCUUCCGCGGGAUAAGACUUUUAUUGCGUUUGACUUGAGUAUGAAGGUAACUGAAGCUGCGGUGGCGGAGCUGAAGUCAAAGAACCAGGAGCUGUUUGGUGUUGAUGGAGUCUGGAGUCGGGGCGUUGCACUUUGGGCUCCGGAGCAUCCUGUUCUCUAUGAUAUUACGCUUCGGCUCUUUGAUGGAGGCGGCGGCCUUGUUGAUGAAGUCCAGACUACGACCGGCAUGCGCAGUCUAUCCUGGCAAAAUGGCGAUGGAACAUUCCGGCUGAACGGAAAGCCGUAUUUCCAGAUGCUAUUCCUGGAUCAAGGAUACUGGCCCGAAACGGGCAUGACACCUCCUUCUUCAGAGGCUUUGAAGACGGACAUCGAGCUGGCGCAGAACCUCGGAUUCAAUGGAUGUCGCAAGCACCAGAAAGUCGAAGAUCCGCGCUUCUACUACUGGGCGGACCGGAUGGGCUUCCUGGUCUGGGGCGAGAUGGCGAAUGCCUAUGAGUUUGGCGCUGACUACAUUGAGCGGUUUACCAGCGAGUGGACCGAAGCCGUGAAGAGGGACAUCAACCACCCAUCGCUGAUCACCUGGACGCCACUUAAUGAAUCGUGGGGUGUAUCUGCCUUGAAGGACAAUAUCGAGCAGCGUAAUCAUGUUCGCGCUCUGUACUACUUGACCAAGACCCUCGACCCUAGCAGACCAAUCAAUGAUAACUGCGGCUGGGAGCACGUCAAAACAGACCUAACAACCUUCCACGACUACAGUGACUCAGCCGAGCUGGGCGCAGCAUGCACAAGCAUGCCCGCUAUCCUCGACUCGAAAGGUGGACACGAGCUCUUCACCAAACCGAUCUACACGGGAUACUCCGGCUCCACAAUCGUCGACAAAGGUGCCCAGCAUACGCCUGGUGCGCCGGUCAUCUGCAGUGAAUUCGGCGGGGUUAAUAUCGCACCGCCUAAGAACUCUGCUGCUGCCGGGGAGCGGGACUGGGGAUAUACGACUGCGAGUGACCCGGCUGACUUCUUGGUGCGAUUUGAGAAGCUAGUUAUGGCAGUUGUAAAGCCGGGCCAUAUUUGUGGGCUUGUCUGGACUCAGUUGUAUGUUGCAUGCAUCAUUCCUGGCUUUUGGCAUUAG